AUGAGUCUAAAAAACGUGUAUCUGCCGAAAAGCUUCAUAGAAAAGGGCAACGACUUUAAGAGCGUAGAUUUAGAUACUGCAUUAGAGUUAGCAGGAUAUGGAAAGUUCCAUUAUAAAAUAAUUGCGAUUAGUGCAAUCUGCUUGUUAACGAACGGAUUCCAAAACGGUCUUCCAUCGUACGUGUUUCCAUCGGCCGAAAAAUCCUUGAAAAUAACUUCUGUGCAAAUUGGCUUCUUGAACGUAGCCUUUCAACUUGGCGGUAUUUCCAGUGCUUUCCUUUGGGGAUCUUUGGCCGAUUCCUAUGGUCGCAGAAAAAUCCUUAUUAUAACAUUAAUCAGCGAUUUUCUUGUAACAACAAUAUGGUCCUGCAUCUCCGAUUAUCGCGUGCUGAUCUUUUGCAGAUUCAGCAACGGUUUCUUAAUCGGAGCUCCAGGAACUAUAGUUUUUAACUACUUAGCUGAAUUCCACGCGGCAAAAAUUCGUUCUAAGAGUGUUUGCUAUUUGGGAGCGGCUUUCACCUUGUCCUGGCCUUUGCUUCCUACAAUAGCAUACUUCAUUCUGCCAUUAGAUCUUCAAUUCGAGUCGUGGCGUGUAUUUGUUUUCCUGCUAGCAAUACCAGAGUUGUUAACCGGUUUAUGGUUGAUUCGAAUGCCGGAAACUCCAAGGUAUUUGGUGAACACGGGUCAAACGGAAGAAGCUCUGAUUGUUUUGAAAGCAAUGCAUUGGGACAACCGCAGAUCUGACUUUGCUAUCAACUGUUUGAGGAGCGAGAGCGAAGUGAAUGCUUGCGGUAAACUUUCGGUCAUAUUUAAGAAUAUGUUGAAGCAGAUGAGAAGACUUUUUCGAUCGCAGACCGCCAGCUUGACCGUUUUGAUAAGUUGCAUAAUGUUUUGCAAUAUGUUUAGUUACAUUGGUUUGGGAUUGUGGCUUCCUGAAUUGUUUCUGCGUUUUCAAUAUUUUGAAGCGAAUUUUCCGAAUGAUACUUUUACGGUGAAGGAUUUGGCUUCGAUGGUAAUUGAUGAAGAUAAGGUGUUUGAUUUUAAGCUGUUCGAAAGCACAUUGAUGAUCGGUACUUGUUGCGUGAUGGGUAACUUGAUGUCUGGUUAUAUGAAUGGGAAAGUUUCUCAGAGGUUGGUGCCUGUGCUGACGAUGGCUUUGGGAGCAAUAGCUUCUGGUAGCAUCUACUUUUUAAGAUCUUCUUGGGAAAAUUUGCUGGUAGCAUGUCUAUUCCAAGGGGCUAUGGCCACAGGAAACGUGGCUAUAGGUAGUGUCGCUGUUGAAUUGAUUCCAAGCAGUGUAGCCGCUGUAGGGCUGUGCUUUGUUAUCUUAUUCGGAAGAAUUGGUGCUAUGGUUAGCAAUUUGAUAUUUGGAUUGUUCAUGGAUACAAGAUGUGAGCUGCCGAUAUUUCUUGUGUCCGGGGCAUUGCUUUUAGGCACGUUUUUAUGCUUAUUUAUACCGGGUAGAAAUAAAAAGGUGACGUGGCUGGGAAGCAACAAGUUGCACAUCGACAUCGCUGUUAUAUCGGAGGACAAUGUGUAG